GGACGGCAGCCGGGUGAGCCACCGCGCAUUAUGCAAAGCGGCAGCAGAUGUGAGCGGGGCCAGCUGGGCGCUCCUCGGCCUCUCCUCCCAACGGCCGACCCAGCUGCCUGAAUUGUCCCAGACACUCCCCUGGCCCUCUCCAGGGCGGAGAUGGCCUGAGAACCCCCAAGGCGCGGCGGCGCAGCGGUGGGGUUGAAACAUGGGGAACCAGGAUGGGAAGCUGAAGAGGAGCUCAGGUGAUGCCUCCCACGAAGGCGGCGGCGGCGGCGGCGGCGGAGCGGAGGAUGCCGCGGGGCCCAGGGAUGCUGAAACCACAAAGAAGGCGAGCGGGAGCAAAAAGGCGCUCGGCAAGCACGGUAAGGGGGGAGGGGGCAGCGGGGACACCGGCAAGAAGAAGAGCAAGUCGGAUUCUAGAGCCUCGGUGUUUUCCAACCUGCGGAUCAGAAAGAACCUGACCAAGGGGAAAGGUGCCGGUGACUCGCGGGAGGAUGUGCUGGACUCGCAGGCCUUGCCGACCGGGGAGCUGGACAGCGCUCACUCCAUAGUCACCAAGACCCCGGACCUCAGCCUCUCCGCUGAGGAGACGGGCCUAUCGGAUACCGAGUGUGCUGACCCUUUCGAGGUGAUCCAUCCAGGUGGUCCUAGGCCUGCUGAGGCUACUAGGGUAGGGGUCCAGGCGACAGCCGAGGAUUUGGAAACUGCGGCAGGAGCGCAAGAUGGACAAAGGACCAGUUCUGGUUCGGACACGGACAUCUAUAGCUUCCACUCGGCUACGGAGCAGGAGGAUUUGCUCUCAGACAUCCAGCAGGCAAUUCGCCUGCAGCAACAGCAGCAGCAGCAGCAGAAGCUGCUGCUCCAGGAUUCCGAGGAGCCUGCAGCGCCCCCCACUGCCAUCUCUCCUCAGCCUGGUGCCUUUCUGGGCCUGGACCAGUUCUUACUGGGACCUAGUAGCGAGGCUGGAAAGGACACUGAACAGGCACUACCGGUGAGAAGCGACUUGCCUGAGACCGCCAAGUCCCCAGUGCCUGAGAAUCCUCCGUCCUCCGGAGGACACUUGGCCUCUGAGACACCCGGAUAUGCGACCGCCCCCUCCGCAGUCACAGACUCGCUCUCAUCACCAGCCUUCACGUUUCCUGAGGCUGGGCCGGGGGAGGGCGCAGCCGGAGCCCCAGUAGCUGGACCCGGGGACACAGAUGAGGAGUGCGAGGAAGAUGCUUUUGAGGAUGCUCCCCGAGGCUCUCCAGGGGAGGAAUGGGUCCCAGAGGUGGGAGAAGCCUCUCGGAAGCUGGAGGAAGAGCCAGAGGUGGGGAUUCAAGGGCCCAGUGUCUCUGCUGUUGCUUCUUUGCCCGGCAGCCCAGCGCCCAGCCCACGCUGCUUCAAACCUUACCCACUCAUCACCCCCUGCUACAUCAAGACCACCACCCGGCAGCUCAGCUCGCCCAAUCACUCCCCGUCUCAGUCCCCCAACCAGAGUCCUAGGAUCAAGAAGCGACCCGAGCCUUCCGUGAGCCGGAGCCCCAGAACUGCCUUGGCCUCUGCGGCGGCCCCAGCAAAAAGACACCGGUUAGAGGGCAGUCUGGCCGGCGGCCUCAGCCGCUCAGCCGACUGGACCGAGGAGCUUGGAGUCCAUUCGCCCGGGGCGGGAGGCUCCGUGCACCUGCUGGGCCGCGGGGCUACUGCGGAUGACAGUGGUGGCGGGUCCCCUGUGCUGGCCUCCAAGGCACCUGGGGCUCCAGCAACAGCUGAUGGCUUUCAGAACGUGUUCACAGGGCGAACUCUGUUGGAGAAGCUGUUCAGCCAGCAGGAGAACGGGCCUCCAGAAGAAGCAGAAAAAUUUUGCUCAAGGAUCAUUGCCAUGGGCCUUCUACUUCCUUUUAGUGACUGCUUCAGGGAACCGUGUAAUCAGAACGCUGGGUCAAGUUCAGCUCCAUUUGAUCAAGAUCAGCUUUACACCUGGGCUGCUGUUAGUCAACCCACGCAUUCGAUGGAUUACAGCGAAGGGCAGUUUCCCAGAAGAGAACCAUCCACGUGGCCACCAUCCAGGCUUCCUGACGAAGAGCCCAGUCCCAAGGAUGUUGACACAGAACCUCAAUCCUCUAUUUUGGAAAGCCCGAAAAUAUGUUCAAACGGUGUCCAGCAGGAAGUUUUCGACAUGAAGUCUGAAGGACAGGCAACUGUAAUUCAGCAACUGGAACAGACCAUUGAGGAUCUGAGGACGAAAAUAGCUGAGCUAGAAAAGCAAUAUCCAGCCCUGGACUUGGAGGGGCCCAGAGGCCUUCCAGGACUUGAGAAUGGAUUGGCAGCCUCAGAAGAAGUUGGUCUGGAUGCUCUCAGAUUGCGUGGGAAAGUUGCACAGCCUCCAAGGACUCUUGAGGCAAAAUCAAUACAAACUUCCCCAACAGAAGAGGGUAGGGUCCUGACACUGCCACCUCUAAAGGUACCACGGGAGGGUCCCCCAGGCCCUCCUGCAGCUGAAAGCGGAGAGCCAGCUGCUGUAACCUCACUCUCCGGACCUCAGACAAAAUUCUGUUCAGAGAUUUCUCUGAUUGUGUCUCCCAGGAGAAUAUCAGUCCAGCUUGAUGCCCAACCAGCCGUGCAGAGCACAUCACAACUACCACCGCCUCCCUCUCUCCUGGGGUCUGACGGCCAGGGCCAGCCCUCCCAGCCGUCUCUGCAGACUGAGUUGGAAACCAGCCAUGAACAUUCUGUUUACUCCUCCUUGGAGAACAGCUGUCGUAUCCCACCUGCACCACCUCUGCCUUGUACAGAGUCCUCCAGCCUCCUGCCUGGCCUGGCCAUGGCCCUUCACCCACCGCCCUGCCUCUCCGACACAACAGUGCCUGCUCUUCCCAGUACAACAGCCCCACAACCUGCCAGCCUACAGGGAACAGAAAUGCUGCCAGCCCCCCCCCCACCUCCUCCUCUCCCGGGACUAGGAAUACCUCCUCCCCCUCCUCUCCCUGGAGUGGGGAUACCCCCUCCCCCUCCCCUUCCUGACAUGGGAAUACCUCCUCCCCCUCCUCUCCCUGGAGGGAUACCCCUUUCCCCUCCCCUUCCUGGAGUGGGGAUACCCCCUCCCCCUCCCCUUCCUGGAGUGGGUAUACCUCCUCCCCCUCCCCUUUCUGGAAUGGGUAUACCUCCUCCCCCUCCCCUUCCUGGAAUGGGCAUACCCCCUCCCCCUCCCCUUCCUGGAAUGGGCAUACCCCCUCCCCCUCCCCUUCCUGGAGUGGGAAUACCUCCUCCCCCUCCUUUACCUGGAGUGGGGAUACCCCCUCCCCCUCCCCUUCCUGGAGUGGGCAUACCCCCUCCCCCUCCACUCCCCGGAGUGGGGAUACCCCCUCCUCCCCCUCUACCUGGAGUUGCUAUUCCUCCACCUCCUCCUCUACCAGGUAUGGGGGUCCCACCUCCAGCCCCACCUCCCCCGGGGGCAGGCCUCCCUCCACCCCCACUGUUGCCUGGCUCAGGUCCUUCAGUCUCCUCACAAGUCGGGAGUAGCACUUUACCAGCAGCACCUCAAGUGUGUGGAUUCCUUUUUCCUCCAUUGCCAACUGGCUUGUUUGGAUUAGGGAUGAAUCAGGACAGAGGGGCUAGGAAGCAGCCAAUCGAGCCUUGCCGGCCAAUGAAGCCUCUUUAUUGGACAAGAAUUCAACUCCAUAGCAAAAGAGACUCCAGCCCUUCUCUUAUUUGGGAAAAGAUUGAAGAACCAUCCAUAGAUUGUCAUGAAUUUGAGGAAUUAUUUUCUAAAACUGCUGUAAAGGAAAGAAAGAAACCAAUUUCUGACACAAUUUCAAAGACAAAGGCGAAACAAGUUGUCAAGUUGCUUAGCAACAAAAGAUCACAAGCAGUAGGAAUUCUAAUGUCUAGUCUUCACUUAGAUAUGAAAGACAUACAACAUGCUGUUGUGAACUUGGACAACUCUGUGGUUGACCUGGAGACCCUUCAAGCCCUCUAUGAGAACAGAGCACAGUCAGAUGAACUGGAAAAAAUUGAAAAGCACAGUCGAUCCUCCAAAGACAAGGAAAAUGCCAAAUCUCUUGACAAACCUGAACAGUUCCUGUAUGAGCUGUCACUAAUCCCCAACUUCUCAGAGCGAGUCUUCUGCAUCCUGUUUCAGUCAACGUUUUCAGAGAGCAUUUGCUCAAUCCGGCGCAAACUGGAAUUGCUACAGAAAUUGUGUGAGACAUUAAAAAAUGGACCGGGGGUCAUACAGGUCCUGGGUUUGGUUCUAGCCUUUGGUAACUACAUGAAUGCUGGAAACAAGACUAGAGGACAGGCAGAUGGUUUUGGGCUCGACAUUCUGCCCAAGCUGAAGGAUGUCAAAAGCAGCGACAACAGCAGAAGCCUUUUGUCAUACAUUGUUUCAUAUUAUCUUCGAAAUUUUGAUGAGGAUGCUGGCAAGGAGCAGUGUGUCUUCCCUCUGGCAGAACCCCAGGAGCUGUUUCAGGCCUCACAGAUGAAGUUUGAAGACUUCCAGAAAGAUCUCAGAAAACUAAAGAAAGACCUGAAAGCCUGUGAGGUGGAAGCAGGUAAAGUGUACCAGGUCUCCUCUGAAGAGCACAUGCAACCUUUCAAGGAAAACAUGGAGCAGUUCAUUAGCCAAGCUAAAAUUGACCAAGAGUCACAAGAGACUGCCCUGACAGAGACUCAUAAAUGCUUUUUGGAGACCACAGCCUACUACUUCAUGAAACCAAAAAUUGGAGAGAAGGAGGUGUCCCCAAAUGUUUUCUUCAGUGUCUGGCAUGAAUUCAGCUCUGACUUUAAAGACUCUUGGAAAAAAGAGAACAAACUGAUUCUGCAAGAGAGAGUUAAAGAAGCUGAGGAAGUGUGUAGGCAGAAGAAAGGAAAAUCACUCUAUAAAGUAAAACCGAGACACGACUCUGGGAUUAAAGCAAAGAUAAGCAUGAAAACCUGAUCUGUGAGGAGCAGAACAAAACAAGUCACUGAAACAGCCCCCACAGCACCCACAUGACCUGAAGGAGGGAAGGAAACGACAUCAUUCUGAUAAUUUUUCCUCUGAACCUCUUGCAUUAUCUUCAUGUUUUCUAGACAGUUUGUUGAUUGUUGAAUUUUACUGUAUGCGCAUUUAAAAUUGCAAAAGUGGUAGACCUGUGGAGGAUUGGACAUCUUCUCAUUUUGUACAUGUUAUGGUGUUAUACCAACAGGCCCAAGUGGCACAUCUAAGAGGCACUACCUGCAUUAAUUCUGAACAUGCUGAAUCUUAACCUAUGGUUUCCUUUUGUGUGAUUCUCUCUCUUGUCACAACAAAAACAUCUUCCUUUCUACUGACAAACAGAACUCCACUCCAAUGUGAUGAGAUUUGUAGGUAAAUGUUAUUCCCAGUGAAUUCUAUGUAUCUACUUCACCUCUACUUACACAGAUUCUGUUUUGAAAAGUAUGCAUCAUGUGUAUGUCGUGACCAGUGCUUUCUUCACUCUUAAAUUCCUCUCUAUAAUAUGUUCCUUUAGACCCUAUGAAAAGCUCAUCCUCAGCAGAAGUAAAUAAAAUCGUAAGAUGUCCCUCUGUGUCUUACACUAUGAUACUUCUCUCUCUCUCUUUCUCUCUCUUUCUCUCUCUCUGUUUCACAUACAUACUCAAACACUAUCUCACACACAUGUACUCACACUCUCUCUCUCACACACACACACAAGCUUCACUUAAUAUUUUCAAGAAAUUUGAAUAAGUGAAGUUCAUGAAAUUGUCAAAUUUAUUUUUUGAUGACCACUUAUUAUAAAAAAAAAAUAGAUGAAUCAGAUCUAUCUAGACCUUGUAAAGUAAAAUACCUGCCUGCGUAUUUUGGCAUGACUGAGUUGUGAUCAUGUGUUACGGCAGGUGAUAUACAGCUAUGACAUGAGGUUGUGUUUACCCCUCAUCUACAGGGCUCUAAAGAAGGAUUUUACUCACUCAAUCAGAAAAAAAAGGAAGUUUCCCAUUCUUUCUGAAGAUACUUUAAAGUCAGCUCAUAAUGCAUUAAGGGGGUUUUGUAUAACAUUAAUAGUAGUUCUUUUAAAUUGCUGCUAACAAUAUUGGUUGAGAGCUAUGGUUGUAGAAAAAAGGAAAAUGUGUUGCUAUUGCAAACCAGUUACAGACAGCAACUUAAAAAGAAAAAAAUAAUGUUCUAAAUCAUAGCUAUACUUGUAUUUAUGUAAAGUAUGACCUCUUGCCUUUUACUUUGUAUUUUAAGUGCAAAAGAGCAGUAGUGUUUUUUCUUCUGUUGUUGAUUUGUAGUUUUUCUGUCCCUCAGUCCUUCUGAUGUGUAUAUUACCACUCUUCAUUGAAGUAAUAGGGCAUUUAACAAAGAACGCUAUGUGCAAUACUGUAUUUAGUGUUUCUAUUUCAAUUUUUUAGGAUGUUAAUUUAUAUGAAAAUAAAAUGAAUAA